AUGAAGGCUGGGCGGGAAUCUGCCUUUGGGGCCUUGGUUGGUGGUGUCUGGGACAAGAGAGUUCCCCGUGAUGCAGACGGCCGCAUCGUGCUGGACGAGUCCCCAACCUGCCUCAAGCACAUCAUCCACACCCUGUUCAACAGCUCUGUCACGCCGUCGCCCUGGUUCAAGCAAAGGCUCCUAGGUGGAGGAACCGAGAGCGCCAGCAUCGUUGGCGGCUACUCCGGUGGGGCGUGUUGGCACCCACCGAGUACAUAUGACGGACGACGAUGGUCGAACUCGGCCUUCAUUUUCAUGCUCGAUUCUCCGGAAGAAGACUUCGAACCAGUCAAGUGGGGUGUGAAGUCUGGCAGCCAAGGAAAUGCACUAAGCUGUUGUCGUGACAGCUCUUCCCAAUCCUUCAGGCCCUGCUUCGGCAAUCACGACAUGCGCGUGGACUUCCACCCGACCACCGGGUGCACCCUGUCAACUGGACGAGGAACAUACGAUGUCGACGGAGAAUCCACCUUUCUGGCUCUCAAUGGUGGACUUGUCCUGGACGUCGAGGUGUUCGAAGUACGUUCGGUGCCAGAGCAAGUGGAGACCCCGGCCUCUUCCGAAAUCAUGUCUUGGGAUCAACACAUUCCUGUCGACCAAUCCCUUGCGGCGGAAUAUACUCUGGAGUUCGGGGAAUCUAUCGCCGACCUGCUGAUGGAGGAACUCAUGGCCCUAGCAUACGCUCGGGUGGAGCUCGACGAGGCGGCGGCCAGGGCCAGAACCGUUGCUCGAGCCCUGUGCGUCAUUUACGGUCCCCACGUGGCACGGGGGGAGGAGGAUCCCGUGGUGGAGCUGAAUGUCCGCGGGCGAUCCAUAACGACCCUGUAUUGGACGCUGCAUGCUUGCACGGACUCUGUUUUCGCCGCUUGGCUCGCCGAGAGAUGGUCGGGUGGGAAGGGCGUGGACGAGGACGGGCGCUACAAAGUCAACUGCGAUCCCAGUUGUUUUUCGAAGAUCCUGGAUGUGAUGCGCAUGAGGAAGCGGGCUGGCUGGGCAGAAGAUGAUGAGAUUGUCAAGAAUGCCGGUGGCGGAGACACUAUCCGCGUGAGGGUAUCCGAGGCAGACCGCGAAAACUUUGAAGACGCCGUCAAGAUGUACUUCCCCAACUGCACGAGGUUCGUAAUGGAUUUGGUGAGGUUCACGGAAUAG